CGGCGAAAGCUGCGCGAGCGGCGCGUGCCUAGCAGCCCCAUCGGCCGUGCCAUGGGAUUCGCGCAGCUGGGCGCCAGCCUCGUCUACGGCACUGUCUCCGACUCCGUCUCUCAGUACUUCCGCGGCAGCCCCCCUGAGACCGCCGACAGACCCAGCAACAGCAGGUAUUUGACGGAGGCGAAUGCGGAGCGGCUGGCGGACGCGCUGUGCCGCAUGCGAGGCGCGGCGCUCAAGCUGGGCCAGAUGCUGUCCAUCCAGGACGAGAACGUGCUGCCGCCCGCGCUGUCGGCGGCGUUGGAGAGGGUGCGGGCAGGUGCGGACGUCAUGCCCCGGAAGCAGCUGGAGAAGGUGAUAGUGGCCGAGCUGGGCCCAGAGUGGCGCGCUAAGCUGGCCGACUUUGACUUUGAGCCCCUCGCUGCCGCCUCCAUCGGCCAGGUGCACCGGGGGACGCUGCAUGACGGGCGCCAGGUGGCGAUGAAGAUCCAGUACCCAGGGGUCGCGCGCAGCAUCGAGAGCGACGUGGACAACCUCCUGCGCCUCAUCUCGUACGCCAACGUGCUCCCCAAGGGUCUCUACGUCGAGGCCGCCGCCAAGGUGGCCAAGCGGGAGCUGGCGCUGGAGUGUGACUACUCGUAUGAAGCGCGCUGCCAGGAGCAGUUCAGGCAGCUGGUGGCGGCGGAUGAGGGCUUCCACAUCCACGUCAACGUACCGCAAGUCAUCGCCGAGCUUUGCACGCCCCGCCUGCUCACCACCGAGCUUGUGCCUGGCGCCCACAUUGACAAGGUGGCGCUGAUGUCACAGGAGGUGAGGGAUGCGGUGGGCACGCUGCUGCUGCAGCUGACGCUGAAGGAGCUGUUUGAGUGGCGCUUCAUGCAGACGGAUCCCAACUGGGGCAACUUCCUCUACGACGCCCCCUCCGGCGUACUCCACCUCAUUGACUUUGGUGCCGCGCGGGAGUUUCCUCAGGCGUUUGUAGACGACUAUCUGCGCAUGGUGAAAGCCUGCGCUGAGCAGGACAGGACCGAGGUCAUCCUGCGGUCCACGCGCAUGGGCUUCCUCACCGGCGACGAGUCUGCUGUGAUGCUGGACGCGCAUGCAGAGGCGGGGUAUGUAGUGGGCACGCCCUUUGCGACAGAGGGCAAGUAUGACUUUGCGCAGCACGGCGCGCUGACGCGGCGGGUGUCUGAUUUGGGCGCGGUGAUGCUGCGCCACCGGCUGACGGCUCCGCCGGAGGAGGCAUACUCGCUGCACCGGAAGCUGAGCGGCGCCUACUUGGCCUGCAUCAAGCUGCGCGCGCGCGUUCCCUGCCGCCAGCUCUUCUACGAGUCCUACAACAAGCAUGUGUUCGGCACUGAGGCCCCCCCCGUGCCGCAGCAGCAGGCCGCCUGA